AUGAAGUCUGCCAUUGCUUUCCUUGCCCUCAUUGCUGGUUCCGCCACUGCUUUCACACCAGAGACUCUCCCUGGUGCUCUUGCCCCCAUGGGAUUCUUUGAUCCUCUUGGAUUUGCUGCCAAGGCUGAUGUCAACACCCUCAAAAGGUACCGUGAAGCAGAGCUCACUCAUGGCCGUGUUGCCAUGCUUGCCACUGUCGGAUUCCUUGUUGGAGAAAAGGUUGAAGGGACCUCUUUCCUCUGGGAUGCCUCUGUGACUGGACCUGCUAUUACCCACCUUGAACAGGUACCUCCCCUCUUCUGGGCCUUGUUGGUUACUGGAAUUGGUGCUGCUGAACAACAGCGUGCUGAAAUUGGCUGGGUCGAUCCUGCUGAUGUCCCUGUUGACCAACCUGGUCUUCUCCGUGAUGACUACACCCCUGGUGACAUUGGAUUUGACCCCCUUGGUUUGAAGCCAACUGAUCCAGCAGAGUAUGAAAUCAUGCAGACCAAGGAAUUGCAGAAUGGACGCUUGGCUAUGCUUGCUGCAUCUGGAUUCAUGGCCCAGGAGUUGGCUGAUGGGAAGGGAAUCCUUGAACACCUUGGAUACUAA